AUGGUGAAAUUCAACCAUCCGGUCGGGAAUCUUGACUACACCCAGUCUACGGUGGUUAUCAUCGGGGCGGGCAUCUCGGGGAUGUGCAUGGCAAUCGACCUCUUGCGGCGAAACCAUCGGAACUUUGUUAUUCUGGAAAAGGGAAGCUCCAUUGGAGGGACUUGGAGCGAUAACAAGUAUCCCGGGUGCUGUUGUGAUGUCUGGAGCUCACUGUAUAGUUACUCCUUCGAGCAGCACGCCAACUGGACGCGCGAGUACCCCGGUCAAGAAGAGAUUCUGACGUAUCUGACUGGCGUCGCGAGCAAGUACAACCUAUACCCACACAUCCGGUUUAAUACGACCGUCAAGGAAGCAAGAUGGGAUGACGCUACGCGGCAGUGGAAGGUGCAGGUCAUCGUAUCGGGCGCAAAGACUAGCGAGUUCCAAAGCGCGUACGAGCUGUCGGCGAAUAUCCUCAUCUCGGGAGUCGGGCAGCUGAACCUACCUCGAUGGCCGGAUCUCCCUGGGAUUGACGAAUUCAAGGGCAAGAGCAUGCACUCCUCGCGAUGGGACUGGACGUAUGAUUGGACUGGAAAGCGGAUUGCCGUGAUUGGAAAUGGCGCAACGGCUGUUCAGAUCAUUCCCGAGUUGGUCAAGACGGCAUCGCACGUAUCGGUAUACCAGCGCACGCCGCAGUGGCUCAUCCCUCGCAUGGAUAUGGAGAUUCAUCCCGCGCAAAAGGCGUUGCUCAGUGUUCCAUUCAUUCGACGAUGCAAGCGAGCGCUCAUGAUGUACCUGCGGGAACAGAGCCACGAAGCUAUCGUACAGCCCGCCUCGUCCAUGUCGCAAGAGAUCCGCGACGUAUCGAAGGACUUGCUGCACAAAGGCUUGCCUGACAAGCCAGAGCUGUGGGAGGUCUUGACCCCAAAGUAUCCACCUGGCUGCCGGCGCAUCAUCGCAUCGGACGACUAUUACCCUGCGUUGAAUAUGAAGCACGUACACCUCGAGACGAGAGAUAUCCAGCGCAUCACGGAAUCAGGCAUCGAGACUGUCGACGGAGACAAUGCCGAGUUCGACCUGAUCGUAUAUGCGACUGGCUUCCGCACAGUUGAGUUUCUGCAUCCGAUCAAGCUUUGCGGAGCAGGCGGCCGCGAGCUAGCCGAUAUCUGGAGCGGAGGUGCCACUGCAUAUUAUGGAGUGACGGUGGAGGACAUGCCUAAUUUUGGGCUGCUGUAUGGGCCCAACACGAACCUCGGGCACAACUCGAUCAUCCUCAUGAUCGAAGCGCAGAGCCGCUAUUUGGCGGCGCUGUUGGAUCCGAUCAUCCGAGCGAAAGCAAAGGGCCGGUCCAUGGCCAUCCAGCCACGAACCGAGAUUGUUCGCGAGUUUAACCAAGAGCUCCAGGCCCGCCUGGCCACCAGUAGCUUCGCGGACCCGAGCUGUAGGAGCUGGUACAAAACAGCCGAGGGUCGCAUCACCAACAACUGGCCGGGGAAUGUGGUCGAGUACCAGCAAGCGUUGUCGCGGGUGCGGUGGACAGAUUAUCUCAUCCAAGGGGACACGGGCGGCGAGCACAUUGGACAGAAGCAGGAGACGCGGAUUGGAUACGUGGAGGAGGUGUGGCCGGUCAGCAAAGGUGCGCUGCUGGUUGGGAUGAGCGCGGCAGUGGCACUCGGGGGGUAUUAUUUCCAGGGGGCGAGGGCGCGCAGGCGUUAG